AUGGCGUCUGCCAUAUUGCUCAUCACCGCGAGCGCGCGCCUCCUGGCCAUCCGGGGCGGUGCGGACAUAAACUACCCUAUCCCUCCCAACCCGUUUGCGCCCAGCGACGCGACGCCGCCGCCAGCGGAGGCUCCACUGGCGCCGGCGCCAAAGGAUAGCGGUGCGACCGCCGAGCAACCGGGCGACUGGCCUCCCUCCGCCGACGGUGCGGCGGCGCAGCCCGUCGCCGCCGCCGCCGCCGCCGCGCCGCCGCCGCCGCCGCGGGCCAAACGCUUGCGCUGGCAGCCGGCGCUGUGCGUGGGCGUGAUCGGGGCGGCGUGUCGGCUGAGCCGGCCCGCCGACACCGCCCUGCUCGCCGCGCUCGACGCCUUCCACCAGGGCGGCGCCGGCGCCUCGCUCGCGGCCGGCGCGCGCGAUGCGGCAGCGGAGGUGUCAGCCGGCCCUCUCUUCCACCACGCCGUGCACUCCGGCGUGCUGUGGGUCGGUUUGCUGGGGCAGUGGCUGCCGCUCGCGCCGCUCAGCCUCGCGCUGCUCCGCCCGUGGGCGUCGGCCCUCUCCGCCGCCCAGAUCCUCUCGUACGGCUGCCUGUUCGGCUACCUGAUGCGCCGCAUCUUGCCUGGCAACCGCCAUACGCAGAGAAGACACCCAGACAAGACAUUCGGACCGCUCACGGACAGCGCCGAUGGCCACCUCGGAGCCUCCUUUGCCAAUGCCGCGCGGCGCGGCCGCAUCUGGAGCCUCGCCGCCGCCGCCUUCUCGCCCGCCGGCGUCGUGCAUUGGGCCGACGCGGCGGUGAGGCCCCUCUAG